UAGAGAGAGAGAGAGAGACGGACACACACCUGACGGAGCCGCAGCAUUCAGCAUGUUCGGCAUGAUCAGAAACUGGCUCUUCGGAGCCACUGAAGAGAGCGAGUAUAAACUCCUGAGCACCGAGAGCAAGGAUGGUGUGAGUUACGAGGUGCGGCGCUACGAUGCGUGUAAGUACGUGUGUCUGAGUCUGGAGGGGCGGAGCUUCGAUCAGGUGUCAGGUGAGCUGCAGCGGAGGCUCCUCACCUACAUGAGCGGCGGCAACGAACAAGGUGAGGUCAUGAACACACCCGUCCCUGUCAUCUUCACCGUCUUUCCACGUGACGAUGGUUCAUUGAACCGCCGUCUGGUCGCCGCUCUGCGUAUCCCAUUAAGCUUCCAGAUCAGCCCACCCACCCCAACGGACACUUCCAUACGGAUCGAGGACCGGCCCGGGAUGACUGUAUAUGUCCUGCAGUUUGGUGGUUUUGCAGGCGAGAGCGAGUUUCGCGCCGAAGCGUCGCGCCUGACAUGCACACUGGGAGACUCCGCCCCCUUCCAGCGCAAACAGUACCUGUGCUGCAGCUACGACCCGCCAAUCAAACCCUACGGACGGCGGAACGAAGUCUGGUUCCUGCAGGACGAGCCCUGAGAAACUCUCAAGUCAAGUCAGCUUUAUUUCUACAGUGAUUUAUAUGAUUGUUUUACAGAUUAUAAAGAUGGUUUCAAAGCGGCUUCACAGUAAUAAAAUGAUGCAAACUUCAUCAAAUAUGAGACAAAUUCAAAUUCUGUUGUAAAGCCACUCUACUGAAGACAACAGUGUUAUUAUUCAGUUUAAUGUUGAUUCAGUUUCGUUCAAUAAAAGUGUCAAUGUUG